ACUCUCUCACUCCACACACUCUCACAACAUAGCCCAUCGCCUGCAUAUAUACCCCACCAGCAAACGUCAAACGAAACCAGUCCAUUUCUUGUCGUCGUAUUUCUCUCACGUGCGCGUUCCUUCUUCAGCACCACCUUGGACCAUGGUCACUAAAGGAAUCUCUCGUCAUCAUUCGUCCACUACCACAACUAAUACAACCACACCCACAACAAUCACACAACCAACGACGACAAACCAACAAAUUACAAAAGAAGGAGAUGAAGAUUCCUCAUCGUGUUCAGCCAGCAGCGGUGGAGGUGAUAAAAAGAAAAAGAGAGGAACACUGCCCAAAGAAAGCGUCGCCGUGCUGACGCAGUGGUUAUACGACCACCGCUACAAUGCUUACCCAUCCGAGAGCGAGAAACUGGAGCUGAGUCGUCGCUGUGGCCUUUCGCUCCUCCAAGUCUGCAAUUGGUUCAUCAAUUCCAGGAGGAGGAUAUUACCGGAAAUGAUCUUAUCGGAAGGGCAGAACCCACAAAACUACACAAUUUCCCGUCGUCACACCUCUACCACAACUACUUCAUCCCCCUCAUCGUCAACAACCCGUCGCAGCUACCACUCCACAACCACCACAUCACAACAAGAAGAUUCCUACUCUUCCGACUCCUCCACAUCCUCCUCGCUAUCUCCCUCCCCACCAUCCCCACCCCCACCGCCACUCUCCCCCUCGACAAAACGUAACCGCCGCUCGCCCCCCUCUUCCCGCGUCUCCCUAAAUCUUUCCUACAUUGACACGUCUCCGUUCAGCCUUUUAGUUGAGGCCGCAGUUCAAAUGAGACGAGAGUUGGUCGAAUAAAUAUCUUUUGCUCAUCAGUGUUUAUUUUUAGUUAUGAAUAAAAAAUGACAGUAUCGGAAAUAGUAAA